GCCCGGAUCCCAGCCUGAGCUGCCAUUAAUUGCAAUUCAUAACUGGAAAGCUGCAGCGCCGGAGAACAUGUCAUCUAUACAGGGGUCUUGUGGAGCCCCUCAGGCAGGACAGCGGUCACAGAGCCAGAAAUGCCGGAUAUGUGCUGGACAAUAACAUCAUAAGGAAGACGGUCUGUGUGUCUCUGGACUCCAGGGAAUAGAAUUGGGUUUUAGGUUGUUGUUGUGGUUCCGCCUGAGAGUUACGUGUGAUUGACUGCUGCCCGAGGUACGGGAGGGAGCAGCUCUCCUCACAUCUGCUGUCAGGGAGCAGAAGACAACCCAGAAGCAGCAGGCAGUGCCACCAAGUCAGGUCCUGGUGCACACUGACAAAGCUGUGUUUAGUCCAUAAGGACUCCUCCAAGUCGUCAGCUGGGAUACUAGAAUACAAGCAACAAACUUUAAAAGGCUAUUCCUGGCUUGUCUGAUUCAAGAAAGCGCUUCAGCGUUGUAUCGGCGUUGUAUCUGGACAUUUGGCACAUAAGUUACCUAUGUGGAGACAAACAUUACUAACCUACAAGCACUUAUAACGAAUCAAGGUGUAAGUUCUCCUGUGUGAGUAAGAUCCAGGCUCAUUGUGGAGUACCUGAAGCUGGUUGAGAUGUCUAAACCGGUGGACCAUGUGAAGAGACCGAUGAACGCCUUUAUGGUGUGGUCCAGAGCUCAGAGGAGGAAGAUGGCCCAGGAGAACCCCAAAAUGCAUAACUCUGAGAUUAGCAAGAGGUUGGGGGCCGAAUGGAAGCUGCUAACCGAGUCCGAGAAAAGACCGUUCAUUGAUGAGGCCAAAAGGUUGCGGGCCAUGCACAUGAAGGAACAUCCGGACUACAAGUACCGGCCCCGCAGAAAACCCAAGACUCUUCUGAAGAAGGACAAGUUUGCCUUCCCAAUGCCCUAUAACUUGACUGGCGACCAUGAGGGACUGAAGGCUGCCAGUUUGCAUGGGGCUGGAGCUCUCACGGACUCCCUACUCUCCAACCCUGAGAAAGCAGCAGCUGCGGCAGCUGCAGCAGCAGCCAGGGUCUUCUUCCCACCAUCGGCGGCAGCCGCAGCAGCAGCCGCUGCAGCAGCCGCAGGUAGCGCAUCAAACCCAUACUCCCUGUUUGACCUGAGUUCUAAGAUGGCAGAGAUCACAUCAUCCUCAUCCUCUCUACCCUAUGCCUCCUCCAUCGGAUAUCCUCAGUCUAGUGGGGGCGGUUUUCCUGGGGUAGCAGCUGCAGCAGCGGCCGCAGCUGCUAGUGGGGGUCACACUCACUCCCACCCCUCCCCUGGGAACCCAGGUUACAUGAUCCCGUGUAACUGCACCGGUUGGCCUAGCCCUGGACUUCAACCUCCUCUAGCUUACAUCCUGUUCCCAGGUAUGGGUAAACCCCAAUUGGACCCUUACCCAGCAACAGCCUAUGCUGCGGCAUUAUGACAGCAUGGCUGCCCGAAGAAGGGCACUGGCUUUGCAGCCACCGGACAUAGCAUGAUGUGGGACACAUGGACCUCACCAUAAGGAUGGAUCCCAUCUCUUCUUUAAUUUCCAACUCAUCGUUUUCUCCCAUGCAGACUCAGUAUGGAGAUGUGACGUAGUUCCAUAUCCCAGUGAUCAACUGCACAUGUCAUACUUGCUAAGGUAUUUUGGGGAACUGUGAACCCUAUGAUUCUUCUGUGGGAAGUUCUGCUGUUUCUGUCUCUAGCUGUGCUAGUUCCACAUUGGUCUCUAAACAAAAAGUAAGAACAAGUGUCAAAGAAACACAUUUCAGAUCUUCACACUUUGCCUCUUGUUGCACUUCUACUUGUUGUCAGUGAAAUUAUUGAAGGGACUUGGACUGGAGGUAUCUGAUUUCUUGAUGACCUGCAUGCACUAGAUGGACGUUUUUUUUAAAAAAAAAAUGUUAAAAAGAGCUCUUCUUCAAGUGGAUAGUAAGUGAUAAACCUGUUUCCACACUCAUAUAUCUCCUCAUUGUUUUGGUGUACAGCUGAGAGGACAUCAUGGGUGACCAUUGAAAUGUCCAAACCGCACUGUGCUCAAACAUAUCUAGAAAUUAGGACUCUGAAGGACACAACGCCAUGGAUGGUCUGAUCCUUUCUGCUGUAAUGUUCAAGGCUAAGAUUGCUUGUGGCCUU